GUUCUUAUGUGACUAUAAAGCGAAAGAGAACAAAAAAAUCCUUUGGAAAAUAUUACAGAAAAAUUACAAGUGCAGUCUAACAGUGAAAUCGUGCGAACCAGCAUAAAGAACAACAACACCGUUGUAGCACUGCAAACCCGCAGCUAUGGAUAGUUCACCCGAUCUAUCCUUGAAGUUACGUCGUGGCUCCAGCGAUUCGCGCGACAACUUCUACAUGGAUUUCGCGCAAGGCAUCGACUCUGACAUCGAAGAGGUGGAUAAUAGCGCCUUGACGCUGGAACCUCAACAAGCACCGCCACCACCCUUGCCCUUCGUGGCACCCGAAGAUGCACUUGCCGCCGCUGGUUUUAUACCGCCUCCACCCCUAGCCAUGCAGGGCCAACCGCUGCCAACGCUCACCGAACAUGACGACCUGCCACCAACACCACCACCGCACCACCCAAUCGGCAUCGCAGACGAUUCGCCACCCGCCUCGCCAACCUCAUCUGUACUCGAAAUGAUACCACCACCACCACUAUCGCCACCCAUGGCCACACCACCGCCUGUUCGCGCCAUGGCACCACCUUCGCCGCCAAUUGAAACCGAAGAUGAGGGUGACGAUGCUGGCGAUGAGGAGGAAGAAGAGGAUGAUGACAAAUCCACUCCGCCACCGCCGUUGCCACCGUUGCCUUCAAAUUUUUCUUAUGUGCAUGGUAACGGUGCACAUGGACCUGGUUUGUCGGGCGCGGGCGUAGCUACACCACCGGUCACUAAGUCACCAUCAACCUCCCCGUCGCCACCAGACACCCCACCGCCAUUACCUAUGAAGUUGGCUUCGCCACCACCAUCCCUGCAAAUGCAAAUGCCCAUGCCGCCAUUGACACCGCCUUCGGAGAGUGAUCAAUCGCAACCUAACUCACCGCCGCCAUUGCCACAUCAUGCCCCAGUACCGCAGUCACCAACACGUUCAGCUGGCUCGGUUGCUAGCUCAGCUGGGUCUCAGCCCCGCUCGAUAGGUUCACAACAGCGCGUAGUCGUGGGUUCACCACCACACGCCACCAGUUCCCAACUACGUUCAAUGGGAUCACCUCAAGGCUCGAUUGCCUCACCGCCACAUUCGGUGGGUUCUCAGCCACGUUCUAUUGGUACGCCACCACGAAGUAGAGAUCCUGUGGCAGAUCGUUCAGUUACACCACCGCCAGAUUUCGGAGAGCCUAGUGAUGUGAUUGCAGCCGCCUUAGCUGCAGCUGUUGAAGUGAAAUCAGCUGAACUGAUUCAGGGCAUUACCCACGGUGCUGCCUAUUAUAUGAUCGACGAAACCAAAUCAUCAAAUGAAGAUGAGUCCACGACUAUAACCACCCCGCCGAGUAAUGGGUAUUCGGCGUCUUCUAUCAUUGCCCCACCCGCUGAUCAGUUGGGUGAGUUGGAGCAGGAUGCCGGUUUGAUGUUAGCUGACAUACCACCCCCACCAGGUAUGGAAGAUGAAGCACCAGAAGAAGAUCAGUUAGAAGGAAUGGAAAUAGAGGAAGAAAGUAAAAAGCAGACAGAAGAGCCUAUGGAAGUCGACGAAUUAACUGAAGAAGGUGAAGUUUCAAGUGAAAAAACUCCCAUGUCUGAGCGUCAACUAAGCGAUGCUAUAACAGAGGAUCACACAACUGCCGAUACCCCAGCAGACGAGGUGGUUGAGGCUCGUGGCACGCCGACAUCACAAGCAACACCACGUAGCACGCCGCAUCCUACACCACCACCCUCUGGUUCGCCUAAGAAAAAACGCAGUAGUGUAACCGGCAGCGGUGCCGGCAGUCGUGGGCCAAGCCGUAGCGCUAGUCGUAGCGGUAGCCACAGCGGUAGUCAUGGCGGUAGUCGCACUGCUAGUCGCAGCGGCAGCGUACGCGGCAGUAUUGCAUCGCGUGCAGGUAGCAUAGCAGCCACCUCGGUUGCUUCGGCUGCAGCAUCCAUUGCAUCUGGUUCGCAUGGCGUGAUUGAAGUAGCAGCGGCAACGGCAGCAGCUGUGGCAUCACCGCAAACCUCAGUCAAGUCGGUACGCAGUCAACCGUCAAUAAAGUCGUCUUACUCUAAACAUAGCGCAUCGCCACCAAUGAUGAAAAGUCCACCGGAGGGCGAUCGGGCACCGGUGAUGCCAUCGCCACCAACAAUGCGCUCACCACUUCUAUUAAAGAGUCCACCAUUAAUGCAUAGUCCACCGAAGGUGACCAGUCCACCGAGAGUGUAUAGUCCACCGUUGGUAGGUAGUCCACCUACGCGCAAAACGGAUGCUGGAGAUUUGAAAAAAGAAGAGGACGAAAAGCAAGCGAAGGGUGCAGCUGCAAG